GAAAUCCUUAUGCGUGAACCUACUCACGUUCAUCUUCUAUAAAUAACCUAAACGGGUCAUGUAUAAUCAUUUUAUCACAUUAGAUGAAUUGCAUAGCAGACAGACGAAUAUUCUCCAAGGAUAACCAAAACCAGUUCCAUCAGCUAGAUCCAUACACGUCUUUUCCGCAGCAAUCCUCCUGAAACUCCAAAAUGACCGAGAUCGCCCUCAUCAAAGGCAGUACACGAAUCCCAUCAGUCGGCACCGACAUCACGGAUUGGGUCCACGAUAUACUAAAGACCCAAACCACGGACACUCUCCAAAUUGAACGACUCGACAUCGCUGACUUCAAUCUCCCGGUCUACGAUGAACCCGUCGUACCUGCGAUGGUGACCGCGAUAAAACAAUUCACCAAAGAACACUCGAAGAAAUGGAGUGCAGCCAUCGCUUCCUUCCAGGGAUACAUUUUCGUCAUACCGGAGUAUAAUCUCGGCCUUGCGGGCGGAACGAAGAAUGCAAUCGAUUAUUUGUAUAGCGAAUGGCCUGGGAAGCCCGUUGCGAUCAUCAGUUAUGGUGCGCAGGGCGGGAGCAACGCCUCCCAGCAGCUUAGUGAGAGUUUGAAGGUGGUCAUGAAGAUGGAGGUGAUGGCUACUAAAGUCUUACUGCCGUUAUCUCCGGGGCCGGAUAUGCUUUCUGCGGUAAAUGAGGGUGCCUUGGGAGAGGAUUCACGGAAGGCCUGGGAAGCAGAUGGGAAGAAGGAGCAGGUGCUUCAGGCGUGGAAGGAAUUGAAGGAUGCCCUGGAGCAGCCCAAGGAGGAGAAAUAGUUGGGAAGGUAUUCUUGGUGGAUGGAUCCAGGUACAAAAUCACUCGUAGACAUUUUCCUACGUCAGUACAUAGUCCAGCCUUUAGUUAACCUUGCUUUUGUCUUUUUCAAAGGUGAGGUGAUUCCUAUACGCUCACCUGCAUUCGUG